GAGUAACGGUCGCUUCCCGCCCGUCCCGAUCACUACCCAGCGACGGGGAGGUGUACCGUACUUCCCCCCCCCCCCCCACACACAUACUGUACCGUACUUACCAUGGGGUACCAUCGUAUUGAUCCACCACAAUGAUAUUCACGUAAAAAAAAAAGAAAGCCUGUGUAUACACUUGUUCAAUACACAGGAACUGUUCAAAGCCUGUAGUGUGGUAGUUGGGUCAUCCUGUGUUUGCAACAAUGAAGUGGUACUGUAGUUAACGAAACGGUGAGAUGCUACUCAACAGAUUUGAUUUCAGUCUCGACAUGAUAAUAAAUUAAAGUUUGAAACUGAUGAUUUACAACAUUUCUUAUUUCUCGGGCCAUAAUUUAGACUCACAGAAGUGUUCAUAAAUCCUGUACAGUCUUGAGAACGGAGCAAAGAAACACAGCCAAGAAGCGAACUCCCCGCAAGUUGUAACUCGAAAACAUUCUCGUUAAAAGCUGCAGAGAGAGAGAGAGAGAGAGAGAACUCACAAGAUGAACCACAACGACCAAUCCACGUCUAACGAGGCACCUUGACUGGUGUCGUCGGAUCAUGUGGUGCCCGACCAACAUGCCCCUCACUCCCACAUAUCAUGUGAUCGAGUGUAAACAGAAAAUAGCACAGAGGACUACACCCAUCUCUCUUAAAUAGAAAGGAGCGGAGGCGACGAUGGCCGGAGCAGCGUGUGAGGCAGACACCAGCAGGCGGGGGGCGGAGAGUGAGAGAGUGAGCUGCUCACCACGCUGAAUGGACGCACCAUCACCGCUGCCCAUGACCCAGCUCUGGCUCGACCCCACACACCACAGCGUCACGGAGACUGCUGCCGCCGCCGGCCUCACCACCUCUGCUGAGAUCGACGUGGGCAGAGAUGAGAAUGGCGGCGUGCUGGCCGACGGUGGCGGCGAGGGCACCAUGUGGGAGGACGUGACGGUGUUGGUGAUCAAGACCACACUGAUGGUCAGCAUCAUACUAGUGUCGGUGAUGGGCAACGUGCUGGUGAUCAUCAGUAUAGGCAUCAACCGCAAACUGCAGCUGCUCACCAACUACUUCCUCGUGUCCCUGGCCAUGGCCGACAUGUUGGUGGCCUCGUGCGCCAUGACCUUCAAUGCCUCCGUCGAGAUCUCGGGCAAGUGGCUGUUCGGAUACACCAUGUGCGAUGUCUGGAAUUCGUUCGAUGUGUAUUUUUCAACCGUGUCUAUAUUACAUCUGUGCUGUAUAAGUGUGGACAGAUACUACGCCAUAGUUAAGCCGUUAGAGUACCCGCUCUACAUGACCAAGAGUACGGUACUAUUAAUGUUAGCCAACGUGUGGCUGGCCCCGACACUCAUCUCCUUCCUGCCUAUCUUCCUGGGCUGGUACACCACCAAGGAUCACCUCGAGAGUCGCAAGGAGAAGCCAGAUAUCUGCACCUUCGAAGUCAACAAGGUGUAUGCUAUCAUAUCUUCCGCUAUCUCCUUCUGGAUACCGUGCACGGUGAUGCUGGUCUUGUACUCCCGCAUCCUGCAGGAGGCCAGGAAGCAGGAGGCGGCGAUCCUCAGCCGCACAAACAGCACCUGCACUAUCAAUAACAUCCAGCGCAACUCUGCUUCGUCCACUGCUCAACAGCUUUUAGCGGCGUUUCGAUCUUCCAAUACAACUAUAUUGAAAAAAUAUAAAACCAAACAGAAGUUUCAGCAAGAUUUCCAGUUAGGUCCACUUCCCCGGAUCUCUCGCUCGGACCUCAGUACUGACCAGGGGCCGGUGGCCGUCUGCAGGUCCGGCAGCGUGUGUGGCAGAACCCCGUGUACAUACAGUAGAAAAAUAAAUAGUAACUUUGUGAACGAUUCGGGCCAAUUAGGGCUGCCGAACGAGCACUCGGGCUCGCUGGAAGUCAGCCCGCGUACAAUAAGCCCAGAUUUAUCUUAUAACGAGGAAUCGGACGAGAGAAUAGACAUUAGUCCCUGUGGGAAGCCUCCGUUGUCGCGCAGUAGUUCCAUCAACGGGCACACGGGGCGCGGCCUGCCCGUCAGGGUCAUCAGCCCCGUGCCCUUCGGCAGGCGAGAGUCCAGCACUCGUAAUUCUGGCGCCGGUGCGGGAGGAAGCCAGCACAACGGCAGUCAUCCCAUGAUGCGGCGGGAGCACAAGGCGGCCAGGACGCUGGGGAUCAUCAUGGGGGCGUUCAUCUUGUGCUGGCUGCCGUUCUUCAUCUGGUACGUGACGGUGACGAUCUGUGACGGCCACUGCCCGUGUCCGCAGGCCGUCGUCACCACUCUCUUCUGGAUCGGCUACUUCAACUCCACACUCAACCCUUUCAUCUAUGCCUACUUCAGGACGGACUUUCGGGAUGCCUUCAAGAAGACACUUCGGCAGUUGAAGUGCUGUGCGCGGGAGGAGGACCUGCUGGGAUCCUUCGUUUGACCCCAGCAGGUUACCCCAGUCAACAGCUCCUUUGGGCUUUCAUUUAACAUAGAGAUUUCUGUAUAUAAUUCACCUCGGGUUGGAAUAAUUCCAUUAAAUUAUUAUUUUUGAUCCA